CAUGUUCAAUACUGAGCAGCAACAAGCAAUUGCAACAAUGUGAAUUUCAACUUCGGAUAUUCGAACAUCUUUGACGAGGAUAGGCAAAAACAGAAGGAAGAUUGGGUUGGAACGAUCCGUAUGGAAUUGUCAACGUAUGGAAUUGAGAGGGGUUGUUUUUAUUGCAGCAUGAGUUCAACUGGUGGCAGGUCCUGCUAGACCUGAACAUGGAGUGUUUGGUAUGAGCCGUGGCCGAUCUGUUGGUCCUUGGGCCGGUCCAGUGGUGAGGUGUCCCUGUCCCUUGGCGGGAUGCUGAGGGCAGGUGGUCCCCACCAGUAUGACUCCCCUGGACCUGUGGCUGUCCCGCUCCAUCCCCAUGUGCCUGCUCCUCCAGAGCCUGGUCCUCAUGGCCCUGUGCUUCCCCUCCGCCUCCAUGUGUCCCAAGGGAUGUGUCUGCCAGCGGGCCCGACCCGACCCGGGCCUCCACCUCGGCCCGGGGCCCCUGGGGCUCUUCCUUGGCCUCAAUGUCACCUGUACCGGGUCCCGGCUCAAAGAGAUCCCCCCGGACCUGCCUCCAGACACCGCCGUGCUCCGCCUCGACCACAACCAGAUCAUGGCCGUCCCCGACCAUGCCUUCCGGGGCCUGAGGCUGCUGCGGGAGCUCAACCUGUCCCACAACGCUGUGGAGACGCUGGAGGAGGGUGCCUUCAGUGGCGUGGAGGCCACACUGCAGGUCCUCGACCUCUCACACAACCGCAUCACUAGCGUGCACAAGGAUGCAUUCGCCCGGCUCAAAGCGCGGGUCCUGGUGGAUGACAACCCCUGGCACUGUGACUGCACCCUGCAGCAGGCACUGGGCGGCAUGGCCCACAACCAUGAGGCGGCUGCACGCGUCCUCUGCCGGAGCUCCGAGCUCCAGGAGCAGGAGGGACGCCAUUUCCUGGCAGUGGACACAGACCUGUGUAACCUGGCCAAGAGGACCACGGACUACGCAAUGCUGGUGACGAUGUUCGGCUGGUUCGCCAUGGUCAUCUCCUACGUGGUGUAUUACGUACGGCAGAACCAGGAGGAUGCCCGGCGACACUUGGAGUACCUUAAGUCGCUGCCCAGCAAGCCUGUGAAGCCCAACGAGGUGGAGGACAUCAGUACUGUGGUGUAACAGGACAUCAUCACUACUAGACACUAUAGGACAUCAGUACUCCAGUGUGACAUCCCUGUAGUGAGAACUGACAUCACUACAGUGAGAACUGACUGUAUACAAUAUAAUUAGAUUGCCUAAUUAGUUAUAGAAUUAGAAUGACUAAUUGAUUCUAAUUCUAUGCAUGAACAGCAGAAGUUCAGAACUAAACCCGGAGAUAUAGGACCCAUAUUUCAAAAUGGAUGUAACGUCUUCUGUUGUGAAAAUGUUUUUUUGAUGUACUCAAAAGAAAUCAUGAUAGAUUAAACCUGGAUCCUUGCAUUUGAAGCUUCACACCCAAUAUGUGUUAAUUACAAAGGUAAACACUGAGAAAGCCCAAUUUUUAAAGAGGAGAAAUGCUUAAACGUUAGUGUUUCUCUGUAGACGUCAAUCUAAAGACAAGCAUUUUGGAAUGCACAGUGUACAUGUGCAUAGACAACAGCAGUUAGUUCAGAUCACAUUAACAGAAGGGUAAAGUCUAUGGGGGUACCACGGAUGGCUUCAUUGAGAUCUGUUCUGAGAUUGUUUUGAAAAUCUGAAUCUCAGGUUUAAAUUUUGAUAGGUUGAUAAGUAUUUUUUUAGAGCAAAAUCUGGAGAAAUGGUUUUUGGACAACAUUUUUGUAAGGUAAUGAUAACAGGCCAUUGAUCUAGAGGGUGUUCUCUGUGCUUGUGCAUCCAACUGCAUACUUUGUUUAAUUUAAUUUGAAUAAAUAACAGGCCCCAAACAUCAAUCAUGAAGCUUACCUUUACUUUCCAAAUGUGAAAUAAUUAGAAUCAAUGAUUUGUUAAAAUGAUCAUGACAUCACCAAUGUUGAAAAACGACUGAUGUGCUGUAAAAAUACUAAACAUUUCUUCCUUAAUUUUGUCAAGUCCCUGUACUGUAUGUUGUUGUUGUCUUGAAAUGACAAAGUUGAUUCAUUGCAUCUUAGUAGAUUUGUGAUGGUCAGAUAA